AUGGCCACCGCGGAAGCUCUCGACGGUGAUAUCAGCGACCUCCGCGACCGCAUCGCGACACUCCAGGCCCAUCGCGCGAGCUUGACGUCCAUCCUCCUCUCGCAGCCCCACCUCCCGACGCGACUCGAACAGCGCCCCGUCCUGCACGAGCGCAACCGUCGCAAUGCUGCCAAGCUUGUGCAAAGGCAGUCAAAUCGCAACCUCGAAAAUGUGUAUCGUGCAUGCGCCGGCGUCACAGCUUACAAGGUCAAAGAUCCGGAUCCCUGUGCGGUAGACAACGGCAACGUCCUCGGUGUGCGCAUAGAUGUGUCGGUUGGUGGCAGAUUCGUGGACACCUAUCAUGUGCUUUUCAAUCGGCCAAACGCGGCGCACAAGACCAUGUUGAAGAUCCACAAACAUACGAUUCCGCCUUGCAUUCCACUGCAGCCGCUUGCGAACAAGUGGUUACCCUUGACCAGGAAGAGCGCAGAGGAGCCUAGGGAACAAGACUUGGUCAGGUUUGGCAGGCAUCUGCGGAAAGAGCUUGCGAGCUGGCACCUCAGGUUGGAAGCGCUGGAGACGCUGCAGAAGGAUGCAAAAUUGCCAGGCCGAAUUGCGCUACAAGAAGGGUUGCAGGGGGAACUUGAGCCUGGAAUGGUUUUGAACGCAUUUGUCAGUGACGACGAAGACUCGGAGGCGGAAGAAGGGGCGAAUGAACAGGAUGGCACUCCCAGGAUCUCGAGUAUCGACGGCGAUGCGGCGGUACGGGAGAUUACGAUCACAUGGUCGAAUGGCACAGUGGGCAUUUUCAAGGUCACGAAGGAUGGCGAAGUCGACAAGGCUGCUGUGAGGACGAAGGAGGGCACACGAGAUGCCUCGCUGAGUAGUCAGGCCCUUGGAAGAGUCGAAGGGCUGGUUCGAAGGCUCGAGGCGUAA